AUGUUAUCCACAGUCAAUGCCAUGCCACCCCAUGGGCUUUUAGUGUUUUACGGCCAAUCAGUUCUCAACAAAGCAACCGGCGAGGUGAGUCGCCUUCGCCGGACGUUAACACCUCCUCAACCAGUUCAAGAAUUUAAAUACGAUGUCAGCAAGACAUUCUCCACGCACUCACUGCACCAAUUACUCAUCUCCCAAGAGGGAGGCGUUGGCUACAUCGUCAUCGAUGGGUCAGCGGUUGCCCUUGGAACGCUCUCUGAAAAUGGACUAAAAGUCCACCACCAUGAGAACGUGGAUAUUCCAAAAAAGCACGGCAGAGGUGGCCAGUCCGCUCCCAGGUUCCAGCGCAUCCGCCUGGAAAAGAGACAAUUGCUGGUGAAGAAAGUAAUUGCUCUCAGCGAAGAUUAUUUUCUGAAUGAAAAUAAGGCGACCGUGCAGGUUCAGGCCCUGGUGGUAGGGGGUCCUGGUCAGCUGAAGGACCAAUUGGUUGAGCGUCUCCCUCAGCUCUUGAAGAGUGCU